CAAUAAGGGAUCAGAGACAGACCUGGUGAAUCCAGAUGAAAACUAUGUCAUGGAAAGAGCACAUGUUCCGAAUGUUUUGUACACUCAAAAGAAAGAUGGAUCGUAAUGAUGAGAGAAUAAAAAGAGCUUUAAGACGCCGCCCUUAUGUGUUGAAACCAGUGAGGGUGAACACCCCUGAAUCCGUGUUGUGGCCAACCGGCAAGGUGCACAGAAGGCCAAAGCCUUCUAAUACAGUGCAGACCACUCAGAUCCACAAAAAACCUCCAAUCAUUGUGAGCUAUGGGCAGGACCAGACAUCUGGGGAUGGAUGGAGCAUCAAUCCAGAGCCUCUCAGCCAGUCUGGAAGGGUGACUCGGCUGAUAGAGAGAAAAUAUCAUGACGUGAUCUCAUCCUCCAGUUCUGAUGACUUUUCCAUCUACUCCUUCACUGACUGUGAAUCUGAGUGUGAUGAUGAGGAUCAUGAAAGGAGGACACCAAAGCUGAAAGUUGAGAAUGGAAAGGUGACAAAGCUUGAUGUGAGGGAUAUGGACGAGGAUGACGAUCUGUCUCUCCACUCCUUCGAUGAGUCAGACUUCCUGAGCCCAGGGGAGGUCUCAGGUCCUGUAUCUGUCAAGAAUGGCCUCUCUCCUCUUGUAACCUCAGCACACCGGACACUGGCUGAAGCCCUACGGGCCCUGCCCUCUGCUGUUGGCUCUCCAUACCCAGUAAAUGUCCCAAGGCCCCGGACUCCUCUCAACCCUGUCAUUAUCGCUCCACCCCGAACAGAGAACUUUCCAUACCGCCACAGCCCUCGCCUGGCUCCCAUCACCAACCUGAGCGAGACAGGCAGGACGUUGCUCCAGGAAAUGGCUGGAGUGCCCCCACAGGAAGGGAAGGUCAAUAAGAAAAAGAAGGGCAAGGCCAAAAAAGUAGUAAAGCAGGAGAAGACCAGUAAGACGCAACAGAUGGGAAAUGUUGGAGAAAGUAAGGAGGAGGACAAGAAAGAGGAAAAGAAGAGUCUGAGGAAGAGGUUUCUUCAGUGGCUGCUGCCCAAACUGAGAUGUUCAAAGACAUAAUGGCCAACUAUUACUUCUACCACCCCACACACACACACACACACACACACACACACACACACACACACACACACACACACACACACACACAGAGAUUUUGAGUAUUGGUUAUUCCUACAACACACACAAACAUAAUUUUAGAGACAGGAACUACGAUUAGCAAAAUACAUAUAGUGUCAUUCUUAUAUUUUGAGACAUGCAGCAUUAUUUUUUUUAAAUGAUAUUGAUCCCCAUACAGCCCAUGAUAAUGAGUUGGAUUUACAUGCUUAGGCUUGGAAAUAUAGCCAGGAGAAGCAGGGUCAACACCUCUACUCAUGCCAUAAGUGCCUUGACAUCUUUAGUAACCAUAGAGAGAUAAGACCUCUGACUCCACAGUCUCAUGCAAAGGACAUCACCAACCUUAGGGCAGUGUCACUGGUAUUGGGGUCUUAGGUCUCCUUUGGCCAAAGUGAAGAGUUGAGGGCCCCUUACUGGUCUCCUUGCAAUAUGUGGUCUCCCAAACAGAGAUGGAAAUCUACACCUGUUUAGACCCUGGAGGAUAUGGCUUCAGAUGAAAGACAGCAGAGAGAUGCAGAAUGUAAAAGCUUCAAACACAUUGAUAUGCAAAUUCAGGACCAUUGUACACUGAAGUGGGGCAUGCAUCUGGUCUGAAUCAUGUCAAAAGAGUAGAAAUGAACUGGGACUGGAGGACUGCAUCACAUUUAAACUAAAUUAGCAUGUAUCUGAUGUAGCUACACUUAUCUGUACUUGAAUUCUGCUGUUUGAAACGUGCAUUUCCAAUAAAGCUUUUUAAAUAUCAA